CCAACAAAGACAUCCUCCGCUCCGUACACAGAAAUCCAGCCUAGUGUGAGAAAAGUAGUUAGACAGACAUGAACCUGUGUUUAAGAUAACAUUUCAUUGUACCCAUCACUUCUAUUUUAGUGCACAGGAAGGUUGCCGUAUGUCUGUGCCAAAUAGUCGAAAACUGCACAAUAAAAGGAUUUAGAACGUGUUUCCAACGACCAAGCGAAAUGGCUAGCUUUGCAAGCUAGCCCAGUGGUUGGUUAGCUGAAGCUAACCGUGGUCUAUGAAGCAUCUUCUCCUCCCUUGCAACAAAAACCGCUGCAAUGAUCAGCUGCAUGGGCACCGGGAUCAACAUGUUCGGCGUCUCCCACAAGACGGUGUUUGUGGUUGACCACUGCCCUUACAUGGCAGAGUCCAGCCGGCAGCAGGUGGAAUGUGACAUCCUCACCAAGAGCCGAGCGCAGGGCAUGAUCCCCCUGGCUCCAAUCUCCAAAUCCCUGUGGACCUGUGCAGUGGAGUGUUCUAUGGAGUACUGCCGCAUUCUCUAUGAUGUGUAUCCCUCUGGAAAGCUAGUGAACUACAUCGUGAGUGACUCUGAAUUCCACGGACUGAACAGCUGGAGACAAGAAGACCAGAGCACCCAAGAGCUGAUGACGUCACUGGCUGGCAUCGGGCCCCCUAACCCCCAGGAGGACCCCGAGUGCUGCAGCAUCCUCCAUGGUCUGGUGGCCGCCGUGGAGUCCCUCUGCAGCAUCACCGAGUACCAGCACGAGGCUCGCAAGGCUAUGAUGGAGACGGCCGACAGGGUGGCUAACAGAGGUCGCAUCAUAUGCCUGACCAACGCCAAGAGUGAUACACAUGUGCGUAUGUUGGAGGAUUGUGUGCUCGAGACGAUACAGGAACAGAACAAGCUGGCAGCUGGAUCUGACAGACUGAUGCCCAUCCAACAGUGUGAGCUGGUGCUGGUCCACGUGUACCCUCAAGGGGACGACAUCUUAGUCUCAGACCGGGCCAAGAAGGAGAUUUCUAACGUGUUGAUCAGUGAGGUGCACAGUGUUCGGGCUGGAAGGCACCUGGCCUCCAAACUCAACAUGCUUGUUCAACACCACUUUGACUUGGCCUCCACCACCAUCACAAACAUCCCCAUGAAGGAGGAGCAGCACGCCAACACGUCAGCAAAUUACGACGUGGAGCUCCUACACCACAGAGACGCGCACAUGGAGUUCUUCAAGAGCGGUGACCUGCACAUGGCUGGCAGCACCAGCAGGGACAGUGGCCUCAAGGAGACGGUGACUCUGAAGUGGUGCACUCCUCGCACCAACAGUGUAGAGUUGCAUUACUGCACGGGUGCCUAUCGGAUAUCGCCAGUGGAUGUGAACAGUCGUCCCUCGUCCUGCCUAACUAACUUCCUGCUGAACGGUCGCUCGGUCCUUCUGGAGCAGCCCCGCAAGUCGGGGUCAAAGGUCAUCAGCCACAUGCUGAGUUGCCACGGCGGCGAGAUCUUCCUGCACGUGCUCAACAGCACGCGCUCCACGCUGGAGGAUCCUCCGUCCAUCAGCGAGGGCUGCGGCGGCCGCGUCACGGACUACCGCAUCAAGGACUUUGGCGAGUUCAUGAGGGAGAACCGCCUGACGCCCUUCCCAGAGUCCUCGGGGAGGGACAGCUCCGGAAAGUUCCCAUCGGACAGGUCGAAGGGCCAGCUGGAGCGGCACACUCGCUACUGGCCCAUGAUCAUCUCCCAGACCACCAUCUUCAACAUGCAGGCCGUGGUUCCCCUGGCCAAUCUCAUAGUGAAGGAGUCGUUAACGGAGGAGGACGUGCUGACCUGCCAGAAGACCGUCUACAACCUGGUGGACAUGGAGAGGAAGAAUGACCCACUGCCCAUCUCCACUGUAGGCUCACGGGGCAAAGGGCCCAAAAGGGACGAGCAGUACCGCAUCAUGUGGAACGAGCUGGAGACCCUGGUGAAGGCCCACGUCAACACCAGCGAGGGCCACCAGCGCGUCCUGGAGUGCAUCAGCGCCUGCCGCAGCAAGCCGGCCGAGGAGGAGGAGAGGAAGAAGCGAGGGAGGAAGAGGGAGGACAAGGAGGAGAAGGCGGAGAAGAACGGCAAGGAGGACGACAAGUCCUGGCAGGAUUCGGAAAGACUGAAGCCAGUGGAGAAGGAGGAGGCACCGGAGUCUGAGAUCAUCAAGGACUCCCCCGACUCCCCAGAGCCCCUCAACAAGAAACCCCGCCUGACCGAGGAGGUGCCAGUGCCAGAGAAGGCUAAAGGGCCAGUGUCGCUGCUCUCCAUGUGGACGAGUAGGAUCACAGCAGUCAACUCCAGGAAGCACCAAGAGUUCGCCGGAAGAAUCUCCUCUGUCAAUAACAAAGCGGAGCUGUAUCAGCAUCUGAAGGAUGAAAAUGGAAUGGAUACACAUGAGAAUGGCAAAGCCACUAGAUGAUGGGCGCAAGCUCAGCGGAAGUCUCUCCACAUCUCCAACACCACUCGAGGAAAUUAUGCCACAGCUCUAAGGAUGUGAUGUCACAAUGAACGUCACAUCAGGAGUGACGUGGGAAGUCUGGCACCCCUGUAUGCUUCACAAAGACUUUUAAGGGUAUGAGGGGGGGGGAAAAGAGUCUUGCAACAAGGCAUUUUUUAUGGUCUCACUUGGUCAUUGUCUUUUUUAACCCAUGUUUGUACACGUGAGAUUUCUGAGAAAGUAUAAACAUUAUUUAGCUGUUUCUUUGUUGUUGUUUUUUUGUUUUUUUUUUCAGAUUAUCUUUACACCUCUCAAUAGAGUUGAAUGAGCAUCUGUCAAACAUGAAAUACAUAAAAUACUUUGUCAAUGAAAAUAGCAUUUGAACUUUUUAUUCUCGCACAUAAGGGGAAAUUAUUAGGAUGGUGUGUGUAAAAAAUACAUGGAACCAAAUAAUGUAACAAAUCCAGUCUGUAUCAUACUGUGAAAAUGCACAAUUCACACAGAUAUGCCCACUCAACGUUUAUAUUAAAUUGCUAUGUUUUCAAUGUG